AUGGAACAAGAGGUUCUUCUCAAUAUUGGAAAUCCCGAUAAACUUAAGUCAAUCCUAGUUUCGAAGAGAGUGAACGAGAGUUUGCGCCUUCUAAACACCACUUUGAUCGCUGCUUUUGCUGAUUGUCGGCUGAUUUCUGAAUCAGCUUUUCUACGAGGUUUUUGCGAUGUUCCAGACGAUCCUGCGGCACUGAUUUUCAGGAUAUCACAACAGUGUCUUUCAGCUUCUGGAAAGCACUUGACGCAAGGGUUGGUUCUGCUAGGAUUCGGGCUACUUCGUGCCAGUGCUCACAGUCCCGGGUCAGCACUACUUACUUCCCGCAGAACUCGUGCCACAAGUGCUGUCAAGUCGCAUAAACCAAAUACCUCUCCGUUUGUACCCCAGCAUCACAUCAACGUUCGUGUUGGUCGCCUAGCAAUGGAAGUCCUAGUCCACUUGUUUAAGAAUUGUCCACAAAUGCGCCAAAGUAUUAUGGAUAUCCUCGCCAAUAUAUUGUGGGCCGAGUCCUCAAGUCCGAUUGCUCUGAAACUUGCCGAUCUGUUGGCGGAUAUGGGAGCUGCCAGCCCUUUGGACGUCGCGGUACUGGCUGACAGGCUGGAGCCUGUCAUUAAUUCAAUUGGGUUGAUACCCGUCGAACUGUCUAUCGGCUUGGUUCACGCCCUGCUUCCUCUUAUUCGUGCUGGGAAUCAGCUGGUCGAUGCAUGGAAUAACAGUCAGCAGCCUACAGAAAAUCCAAUGGGUGCGAUCAGGACAAGGCUGUUCACAACCUUAUGCAAGGCGGCAUCCUCUCCUCGUGUUCACUAUCGGCGAACGGCAGUAGCUUGUUUCCUUAUACUGUUAAAACAUUUAAAGGCGAGUCCGUCGAAUGGAGUGUUGGUUUAUUUGAUGACUGUUUCAGUUUCUGCAUUUCGGUCCGCAUCUCAAAACUCGUCCGGUAACCUGUCGCAGGGCACGCCAUUUACACAAACCCAGGCAACUCAGUUGAAUCCCCACCUCCUGUAUAGUCAACUGCAAUCCACACAACUUGCGCAACAGGCAGUUGUUCUGCCGUGUGAUGUGGAUCAGAAUGAGGCGUUAUGUACAGAAAUCGUCAGCGUACUUCACCGGAUCAUCUUUUCCGCCUUUUUCCGAUCUCAAGCCGGGAGCCUUUUGGAGGACCCAGAGAAUAGAGUGAAGUCUGAUAUUUAUUGGGGAUUAUGUGAAGUGGUCACUCGGAACAAAGGCCUCUGUGAACCGGUCUUGAACAUGUAUCUUCGAUUACUAUUGGCAAGCUUGUCCCCUUCGUUUUUGAGAGAAAUCAAGCGAACACAGCCACUUGCUUCACUCACCGUACCUACCAUGGUUGAGUCUUCACAACCGGCGUUAGGACCUUCUGGGCCUCCUGUUCAUCUUGAUGACCUGAUCACCACUCACGGAAACACUGGAACGGAGGUUAGACGCACAGAGCAUCCGGACAUCCUGGUAUGGUGCCUUCAGUCUGUGCUUACGUUGCCACAGUUUGUGUUGUCCUGGAGACAAUAUCGCUUGAAACGUGCUCAAGCCCGCGCUUCAUCCGCCAACGAAAGCGGGGAAGAAUCGUCUGAAUCUGCCUCCAUGGGUUUCAGUCAGUUUACUCAGUCAACAGUCACGGGUUCUGUCGCAUGUGGCCGCGCAGUUUCAACAUCGCUUUUCUCGAAGGCUGUCACCCUGCUCCUGUCUCUUUCCGACUCAUUGCGUUUGACACCGCUGGACGAUUUCGGUUUGAACCCGGACACCGAUUUCGGAAACACAUCUGCCGGUACCCUGAACCGUGAACGGGCAAACUUGCUUCUUGGCUUGUACGAUGCAUGUUUGGAAUUGGAAUUGAAGGAUCCACUCGAACUCAUAAGCGCAUCUGGUUCGCAGCAGACACAAUCGGGCAACCAAGCUGAAUCCAGUUGGUCCCGUAUUCGCCAGCUCUUUGCUCGUCGGGUGGCCUUAUCCACUCUUUUGUGCAACAAAACAUCCAGUUCGAGCUCACAAGCUAGUGCUGGCAGCUUGUUGCUGCCAACCUUUGGACAAGGGACCCAUUUCCGUCCAGGAUUAUUGAUCUUGGGUCUUACGUCGGCGUCGCAGUCCGGGCUGUCUCGAGUACUCAGAGCAAGCUCAACCUCAGACGCCGCGAAUUCAUUAGCUUAUCAUAUGCUUCUCACAAUAUCCACCAGACUUUCUCAGUUCACCCAUUGUGCUGGCGGUGGAAUUCCGUAUGCUUACCGUGAUCUGCUGGUUCAAGCUAUUGCUUCCAUAUUACGACACGUUAUUCGCUACUACAAUCAUAAGCUACUGGUCGAUUUAGAUCCUUCCACCACUCCGUCUGCUUCAACAGCCACUGCAAACACAAGCGCCUUAAGUAUUGGUGUGUCAGAUUCAGACCCCGCGAAUACUGCUAAGGCACGCUCCAGCUCACCAACUGCCACGUACUCUGCUGCUUUAAGCGUCCUUGAUGUGGCUUUCACACUUGCAAUGGACUACCUGGGUUCGAAACGUCUUCAUCGGCUGGCCGUGAGAAUCUAUUCUACGACAAGUGACCCAGGUUAUCGCUAUCCGCAGUUCGAACAACACGCUGCGUCCGAAUUUGCCGGUGAAGGCGAGGAAGACAACGAAGACGACAACUUGGAGCGGCGUAAUACCGAUGUCACUCCCGCACAAGCUCUUUCUGCUGUUAUAAAGUUGAUCAAAGUAGGCCUAUCACAUUGUUGCAUUCGCUACCUUUACAGUCAAUUUUUGAAACUCAUUGUUAAUAUGAUUCCCUUUGGUCCUUAUUUACAGGGUUGGAUUACAAAGUUACUGAAUCCGAACUCAGGGACUUCAUUCGUAAGCACACAAAGAGUUUCAUCCCAAGCUGUCGCUCACACACGGGACCUGGUUGUACUUAUCCCCUUACUUGUGCGACUAUGCCGAGCACGAGCCACGAUAGGGUCGGACGAGUCCUCUCGCACCGCUAACAUUGUAGGAAACAUGUAUGGUGGCUUGGACCGAGUACUUGCUUGGCUGAUACGGCUUAUGCGGUCUGCUGCGCCCCAGUCAUCAUCUAAGCCUGGCUCUGAGGCGGUAGGUUUACUCACCGCUGCCCGUGUUCAGCUGGUGAGCCAGACAGUGUGGCUGGCACAUUUGGUAGAGGCUUUCAGUAAUGAAGCAUCGCAAGGCUCGGAUUCACAGCUUAAUUUGGACUAUCUACUGACGACCAUUGCAGCAGAUAUCCACCAUACUUUAAAGGAUGCUUCUGUUGCCCAGCAGGACACCAGUUAUCUUCCAGACGAUUCCGAAGGCACUGUGACAUUUCCCAUGGUUACGCGCGUGUCAGCCCUUCCCUUAUUGAAUCUUCUGUAUUCCACUGUCCGUCAACUGGUCAGCGAAUUCGAGUGGCUUCUUGCGCAUCUUGCGCCGAGUUUGGGAGGUCGUAUGGUGGCAGACAACUCAAAAAUGGACGAACUAAGAGCUGAGGGGAAUUCUCGUGAGGAAGCUUUGUGUACAAGGCUUUCUACCGUGGGCGAAACCUUGUCCGAAUUGCUGAAAACAGCGGUUCCGGCUCCAAGCGCCCAUGCAGACAAUCUACUGGAAGUCAGUGCUCGGAUAUUCAACUUCCUAACACAGUUCGUUAAAUAUCAUGCCGAAAGUGAGAAAUUGAAGGGAAUUCAAGACAAACAACCCCUGAAGAAGACGGAAAAAAAUGGACAAAAGAGUGGCGCGUCAUUGAAGAAAACUUUGCAACCCACCGGUAUCCCACAAACCGUGAUGUCGCGGUCAAUCAAAGAUUCCCGUGUAAUACCUCAGCUUGUAUUUUCCAUUGAACAGUACGAAAGGUUUUUGAUGCAGCUGUCAAAACUAUCAAAGGUCAACUUGAUGCGAAAUGUCAAACUCGCAGUCUCGCGAGACUUCCGUAUCAACACAGCCACGGUGGCUGCCCAACUGGAACGCUCAGCUUUACUGAGUCCUAGCUCCGACAGUGACGUAGAGGUACAAGACGAAAAUAUAGGACCGGCUAACGAAAACAGUAUCGCUCCGGUGGCGGCGACAGAGGCUGACAAUUCGAACCAGUCAUCGACAGAUUGUCCGCCAAUGUCUGUCGUCGACUUGAUCUUACCAGAUAGCGGUGGGUCGCAGAACCAACUACCUUCGUCAUCGACCCAGAACGAAACAAUUACGCCAAAAUGGGGCCGACAAUAUGCGGUGAAGCGUUCCAUGGUUCACAGCCGACCAUGUAUCUCAGUUUACUCUCAAGUGUCGCUGAGUGAAGAAGCGUACACACACACCUGGUCGUCAGGUCUCAGUCAGUUUUUGGACUUACAAGUGACUCGUUUGGUUCCGACUACUAACGAAAGAAAGAAGGCCUGCGCUAUUGAGUUAUUUAUUGAAAAAUACCAACUGAACAGUUACAGACUUUUGAACAGGGAAGCCAAAUUCUCAUGUGCACAGUUACAGACUUUUGGACAGGGGAGCAAAAUUCUCAUGUGCAUCAAAUACCAACUGACUAUGUAUCCGUCUUCUUGA